AUGUCGCGCUGGGCCCUUCCCUCCUCGAUGUGGUCGACCUUCGCCGCAUCCCGCGACAGAACCUCAAGCCGCGUCUACUCAAGCAAGCCCUACCGGGCCAUCUAUGAGGCUCCCACAGCAGCUCCCUACAGCCUCAAAUCACGGGUCUCAGUCUACAAUGAGCCCUUUGUUUACAGCAAACCCUACUACAACCGGCCAGUCAGUUCUCUGUACCCUCCAUACAGUGGAAACUACGGCAGUUCUGCGGGAUACGCCGGCUACGGUGCCUCGGCUCGCAAGUCAUACGAGCCCACAUACACCUCCUCCUAUCCCAAGCCCUACUACACACUAGCUCGGGACGCCUACGACCAUGAGCGGUCAUAUCGCCGCUAUUCAUCUAGCCGCGACAAGAAGCCGUCCACGGCCAGAAAGUCGGUCCGGUGGGACGACGAGACCUACAACGGCCGGCAGUAUGACUGGGAUCGCCGCUACGACCGCUACGGCGGUGAAAACAACUAUGACUACCACCAGCGCCAUGACCGCUAUGGCCGGCCCAUCUCGGAUGCGCGCGGCACCUCGCCUCGGGUCACGGCCGCGGGUGACACCUACACCUACACCUACGCCUCGGCGGCAGCGGCGACCAAACCCCGGGGGAGCAUGUACUACAAAGACGAGGCGGGGCGCCGAACGCAAAAGGAUUUUGAGUACGGCUACAAGCCACGGUCCUCCCGGCGGUCCAAGUAUUGA